AUGCAUCGACAAUCAUAUCAUCAACAGCCAAUAGCAAUACCGACAUUGCAAACGCGAUACCGCCCAGUAACUAACAGCGUGCCUGGUGUUGUUCCCGGCAUUUUCGGUGCUGCACAAUUAAUUCUCUGCAUAGGUAUAGUUAGUCUCGAAAUAUUAAGUAUAUAUUAUGAUCCUGGUCGAGGUACUGUUUAUGCUGGUUUAUGGUGUUCAGUUGUGUUUUCCAUCACUUGGAUAUCUAUGUUUUGUUAUCUAUGUUGUGGUAAGUCAUCAGGAUGUGGAAUUUAUCUGGUUAUUCAAAAUACAAUUAACUCGAUCUUUACCAUCAUACUUAUGAUAUUCACUUCCCGUUUUGUUAAAGAUCCUUGUUUAUGUUACGAUGCUUUAUGUUUCGUGCCUAAUUGGAAUCAUUUUUACGAUGAUGAUGAUGAUGAUGAUGAUUAUAAUUAUUUUUCACAAUUAUGUACUUCAAGGACAUUACGAAAAUUACCAGCACUCAAAGGUCUUCUUGCUUGUGCUAUUUUAAUGCUCAUUUGUAAUAUUUUAUUCAUUGUUAUACAUUCAAUUGUUGUGAUUCGAUUACGUCGUAAGGCAAGAUCUAAUACUCGACAACAUGAUGUUGUGUAUCAUCAACAAUCCGCAGCUGUACAAUUAGGAAGUCCACCACCGUAUCAGCCAUCUGCUAUGACCUAUUCCCCUCAUCCACAUCAAUAUUUAUAUCCAGUUCAAGAUAUACAAACAGCAUCACAACAGCCAUCAGCACCACCACCUUAUGAAAUCUAUUCAAACAGAUAUUGA